AAUUUGAAGUCGGAACCACCUUCUCUGUCACCGUUCUGGACCCCAGUGGUAUUUUGGGGUUGGCAGGCUACCCCAAGAAGCAGGUCCUGUGUACACAGGACGUCAGAGGGACCUCGUAUGUGACACUGUCUAGCAAAACCAGCACUCCACCCCUUGCCCAGCUUCCCCCAAGCCCUCCUAGCUUGGAGCUGGAGCUGCAGGCCAUACCAGAGCCCACGCCCGGAUCGGGCACACAGGCCUGCCAUUGUCCGACAGUGCCAGGCACCCACGUGAAGAAUGUGAGGCAGCAGACUGGGGGUUUGUCCCUGCAGAGGGGGCUGAGGCUGUGCGGGGAGGAAGCUGGCCAUGCUGCAGCUCAGGAAAGGCAGUGGGAUGCAGGGGAUGCAGGGAGGCGGCUGGGAGGCUGGCUGGAGUGGGAGCAGGGGUGUGACAUUCCGCCUGCGCCCAUGCCAAGCCCGCGGGCCCGCAAUGAACGUGAGAGGAUUGCUAAUGAGACCCAGGGGAGUUAAACAUUCCCUGUUCCCGAGGGCUGAGUGAGAAGGGGCAGACAGGGGUCUAGGAGGGGGCGGCCUGAACCCCAGGAAUGUACAGAGGCCCCUGCCCCUGACAGGCUGCUCUGGAGCUAGGGGCCCAGGCCUGCUGUCUCGGGUCCCAGCAGGAGCUGCUGAGGCAGCCAGCAAAGGGAUUAACUGGCUGAGCAGUUCUCCUUCCUCCGGGCCCACGCCAGCAUCUGGCGCAGGUCUCCCCAGCUCCCCACCACAUCUGAGGCUGCUGGCCUGCAGCCACUGCUGGCCUGGUAACUGUAGGGUCCUUCUUCUGACUCCUCAGAUUCCCAAACAGACCCUACAGCACAUGUCCCCUGGUUUGGUCUCCCCUAUUUCGAUACACAUGGCUUCCAGGUACCCAGGACUCUUCUCCCCAACACCUCAGCUCUAGCCUAGUCUCUGUACAUCUGGCCUCGGAGCCCCUACCAAAAACUAACUCUGGGGGGUAUAACUCAGUGGUAGAGUGUUAGCCUUCCAUGUGCAAGGCCUGGUUUCCAUACCCAGCAUGCACACACACACACACACACAUCUAACUCUAGUUUUUCCUGCUGUAACUAGAAUCUUUCCUUCCCUUUCCAUCCUCAAGUUAGUGGACAAGAAACCCCAGGUUCAGGUCAGGGACGAAGGCACAGCAAAGCCAUCCGCGGAGCUGGUGCUUCCGGGAGGGAUUAGAAUUCUCACUGGAAUCACACUCCUGAAGGGGUUUCCCUGGCGGGAAAGGCCUUGAGAGGGGAAGAGUCACUCCCUCUAGCCCCUCCCUUCCUUACUUUUGAGGCAGGGAGGGCAAGGGUACCCCACCUUGGGCACCAGGUCCAGCUCUCCACCCCCAAGAAGCUGGGCAAGAGCCUCUGCCCGGGGACUGGCUGUGGGCGGGCUUUGGCCUUUUCCAGCCCCUGGGCCGCCCCCUGCAUUCUGGAAUCCAGCAGCCACGGCCUUUUCUAGGCUGACUGUGGCUGGCCAGCCAGCCGUCCCCUCCGCUCCCUUCCUCCUCCUGUGCCACUUAGCUUCCCUGUUCCAGCUGUUCCAGCUGUUCCUCUCACCAUGACCGCAGCGCGCCUCGAGACCCUGGCCCAUCUCUGAGCCCUGGAACCCUCGGACUCCUCCCUAGGCCAUGGCCAACUCAGGCCUCCAGCUCCUGGGCUACUUCCUAGCCCUGGGUGGCUGGGUGGGCAUCAUCGCCAGCACCGCCCUGCCGCAAUGGAAGCAGUCCUCCUAUGCAGGCGAUGCCAUCAUCACGGCCGUGGGCCUCUACGAAGGGCUGUGGAUGUCUUGCGCCUCUCAGAGCACCGGGCAGGUGCAAUGCAAGCUCUAUGAUUCGCUUCUGGCCCUGGACGGUCAUAUCCAGUCAGCGAGAGCCCUGAUGGUGGUGGCGGUGCUGUUGGGCUUUGUGGCCAUGGUGCUCAGUGUCGUGGGCAUGAAGUGUACGCGGGUUGGAGACAGUAACCCCAUCGCCAAGGGCCGUGUGGCCAUCUCCGGGGGUGCCCUCUUCCUCUUGGCGGGUCUCUGUACUUUGACUGCCGUCUCGUGGUACGCUACCCUGGUAACCCAGGAAUUCUUCAAUCCCAGCACGCCUAUCAACGCCAGGUGA